AUUCUAUCUAAACUUUCUUUGCCGGCUCGUGCCUGGGAACCAGCAAUGAAGCAGAGUUUCGCCUUUGACAAUGUUGGCUAUGAAGGUAGUCUGGAUGGUGUGUGCCCUUCCCAGACAACCACCGGCAUCAUCAGCAUUUCGGGCAUGACUUGCCAGUCAUGUGUACAGUCUGUUGAGGGCCGGAUUUCCAGUUUAAAAGGCAUCGUGAGUAUUAAGGUUUCCCUGGAACAAGGCAGUGCAUCUGUGAAGUAUGUGCCAUCGGUUAUGACCCUGCCACAAGUUUGCUGUCAAAUUGAGGACAUGGGCUUCGUGACCAGCAUUGCAGAAGGAAAGGCUGGCUCCUGGCCGUUAAGGUCUUCGCCAGUCCUGGAGGCCAUGGUCAAGCUUCGCGUGGAAGGCAUGACCUGCCAGUCCUGUGUCAGCUCAAUAGAGGGCAAGAUUGGGAAACUGCAAGGAGUAGUAAGAGUCAGAGUCUCACUCAGCAACCAAGAGGCAGUCAUCAGUUAUCAGCCUUAUCUUAUUCAACCCCAAGACCUCAGGGAUCACGUCAACGACAUGGGGUUUGAAGCUGUGAUCAAGAACAAAAUGGCUCCUGUAAGCCUGGGACAAAUUGAUAUUGGACGGUUGCAGAGCACCAACUCCAAGACACUUGCAGCUUCUAACCAGAAUGUCAAUAACUCUCAGACCUCAGGGCACCAAGGAAGCCAUGUGGCCACCCUGCAACUGAGAGUAGAUGGAAUGCACUGUAAGUCUUGUGUCUGGAAUAUUGAAGAAAAUAUUGGUCAGAUCCCAGGGGUUCAAAAUAUUCAAGUGUCCUUGGAGAACAGAACUGCCCAAGUACAGUACGACCCUUCUUCUGUCUCCCCGAGGGCCCUGCAGAAGGCCAUUGAGGCUCUUCCACCAGGGAACUUUAAAGUUUCUCUUCCUGAUGGCGCAGAAGGAAGUGGGACAAAUAGUAGGUCUUCCACGGGUCACUCCCCUGCCCCCGCCCAGAGAACCCAGGUGCAAGGUGUGUGCUGUACUGUGGUACUUGCUAUUGCUGGCAUGACCUGUGCAUCCUGUGUCCAGUCUAUCGAAGGCCUGAUCUCCCAAAGGGAAGGUGUGCAGCAAAUAUCAGUCUCUCUGGCUGAGGGGACUGGAACAAUUCUCUGUGAUCCCUCUGUAAUCAACCCAGAAGAACUCCGAGCUGCAGUAGAAGACAUGGGAUUUGAGGUUUCGGUAGUUUCUGCAAACUGUUUUGGCAACCAUGUUGGAGAGCACAAUGCGGCGAAUUCCACAGCGCAGAUGACAGUUGGUGCACCUGUGUCUGUAGAGCAAGUGGCUCACCACUGGGGGGCUGGGAGACCCCCUAAAAGCCACAGCCGUGGCCUCUCAACAAAGGCCCCACAAGCCUCCACAACAGUGGCACCACAGAAGUGCUUUCUACAGAUCACAGGCAUGACCUGUGCAUCCUGCGUGUCUAAUAUAGAGAGAAACCUGCAGAAAGAGGCUGGUAUUCUCUCCGUGCUGGUUGCCUUGAUGGCCGGAAAGGCAGAGGUUAAGUACAACCCGGAAGUCAUCCAGCCACUCGAGAUAGUGCAGUUCAUCCAGGACUUGGGCUUUGGGGCAGCAGUGAUGGAAGACUACAAAGGCUCUGAUGGCGACAUUGAGCUAGUCAUCACCGGGAUGACCUGUGCUUCCUGUGUUCACAACAUAGAGUCCAAACUCACGAGUACGGAUGGCAUCAUCGAAGCCACUGUGGCCCUUGCAACCAGCAAAGCCCACGUAAAGUUUGACCCUGAAAUUAUCGGUCCACGGGAUAUUGUUAAAAUUAUUGAGGACAUCGGCUUUCAUGCUUCUGUGGCCCAGAGAAACCCCAGCGCUCAUCACCUGGACCACAAGGUGGAAAUAAAGCAGUGGAAGAAGUCUUUCUUAUGCAGCUUGGUGUUUGGCAUUCCUGUUAUGGGUUUAAUGAUCUAUAUGUUGAUACCCAGCAAUGAACCCCACGAGUCUAUGGCCCUGGACCACAACAUCAUUCCGGGAUUGUCCAUCCUAAAUCUCAUCUUCUUUAUCUUGUGUACCUUUGUCCAGUUCCUCGGUGGGUGGUACUUCUACGUUCAGGCCUACAAGUCUUUGAGACACAGGGCAGCCAACAUGGAUGUGCUCAUCGUGCUGGCCACGAGCAUCGCCUACGUCUACUCUGUGAUCAUCCUGGUGGUGGCCAUUGCUGAGAAGGCCGAGAGGAGCCCCGUGACCUUCUUUGACACUCCCCCCAUGCUGUUCGUGUUCAUUGCCCUGGGGCGGUGGCUGGAACAUGUGGCAAAGAGCAAAACCUCAGAAGCCCUUGCCAAACUCAUGUCUCUCCAAGCCACAGAAGCCACCGUCGUGACCCUUGGCGAGGACAACUUAAUCAUCAGAGAGGAUCAAGUACCCAUGGAGCUGGUGCAGCGGGGUGAUGUCAUCAAGGUUGUGCCAGGGGGAAAGUUCCCAGUGGAUGGGAAAGUCCUAGAAGGCAAUACCAUGGCCGACGAGUCCCUCAUCACAGGAGAAGCCAUGCCAGUCACUAAGAAACCAGGAAGCACAGUAAUUGCUGGGUCUAUAAAUGCACAUGGCUCUGUGCUGGUUAAUGCCACCCACGUGGGCAACGACACCACUUUGGCUCAGAUUGUGAAACUGGUGGAAGAGGCUCAGAUGUCAAAGGCACCCAUUCAGCAACUGGCUGACCGGUUUAGUGGAUACUUUGUCCCAUUUAUCAUCAUCAUUUCAACUUUGACGUUGGUGGUAUGGAUUAUAAUCGGUUUUAUCGAUUUUGGUGUUGUUCAGAAAUACUUUCCUACCCCCAACAAGCACAUCUCCCGGGCAGAGGUGAUCAUCCGCUUUGCGUUCCAGACGUCCAUCACAGUGCUGUGCAUUGCCUGCCCCUGCUCGCUGGGCUUGGCCACACCCACGGCGGUCAUGGUGGGCACUGGCGUGGCUGCCCAGAACGGCAUCCUCAUCAAGGGGGGCAAGCCUCUGGAGAUGGCGCACAAGAUUAAGACUGUGAUGUUUGACAAAACGGGCACCAUUACCCAUGGGGUCCCCAAAGUCAUGAGGGUCCUCUUGCUCGUGGACACGGCCACACUGCCCCUCAGGAAGGUUCUUGCUGUGGUGGGGACUGCGGAGGCCAGCAGCGAGCACCCCUUGGCUGUGGCUGUCACCAAAUACUGCAAAGAGGAACUUGGAACAGAGGCCCUGGGAUACUGCAUGGACUUCCAGGCUGUGCCAGGCUGUGGAAUUGGCUGUAAAGUUAGCAGCGUGGAAGGCGUCCUGGCCCAUAGCAAGCACCUGAGCGAACGGGCCACUCACCUGAGUGGGGUUGGCAGUGUCCCUGUACAAACAGAUGUAGCCCCCGAGACGUUCUCUGUGCUGAUUGGAAACCGAGAAUGGAUGAGGCGCAACGGCCUGGACGUCCCCAGCGCCGUCAGCGAGGCCAUGGCGGAGCACGAGAUGAGAGGCCAGACGGCCGUGCUCGCGGCCAUUGACGGGGUGCUCUGUGGGAUGGUCGCCAUCGCAGACGCUGUCAAGCAGGAAGCCGCCCUGGCUGUGCACACGCUCAGGAGCAUGGGUGUGGAUGUGGUUCUGAUCACGGGGGACAAUCGCAAGACAGCCAGAGCCAUUGCCACCCAGGUUGGCAUCCACAAAGUCUUUGCAGAGGUGCUGCCUUCUCACAAGGUGGCCAAGGUCCAGGAGCUCCAGAAGGAAGGGAGGAAAGUCGCCAUGGUGGGAGACGGGAUUAACGACUCCCCAGCCUUGGCCCAGGCCGACAUCGGCAUCGCCAUCGGGACAGGCACAGAUGUCGCCAUUGAGGCGGCUGAUGUGGUUCUCAUCAGAAAUGACUUGCUGGAUGUGGUUGCUGCCAUCCACCUCUCCAAGAGGACUGUCUGGAGAGUGCGGCUCAACUUGGUGUUGGCGCUGAUCUAUAACCUGGUUGGGAUCCCCAUCGCAGCAGGUGUCUUCAUGCCCUUUGGCAUCGUGCUGCAGCCAUGGAUGGGCUCGGCAGCCAUGGCAGCCUCCUCUGUGUCUGUGGUUCUCUCGUCGCUGCAGCUCAAGUGCUAUAAGAAGCCUGACCUGGAGAGGUACGAGGCCCAGGCCCAGGCCCAGGGCCGCAUGAAGCCCCUGACCGCAUCCCAGGUCAGUGUGCACAUCGGCAUGGAUGACCGGUGGCGGGACUCCCCCAGGGCCACACCCUGGGACCAGGUCAGCUACAUCAGCCAGGUGUCGAUGUCCUCCCUGAAGUCCGACAUCCUGUCUCGGCACAGCACCACAGCUGAUGACAGCGGGGACAAGUGGUCUCUGCUCCUGAAUGACAGGGACGAGGAGCAGCGCAUCUGAAAGCUCCGGACUGGUGCAGACCACGGGCCGUCUCCUGGCUGGUCCGCAGCUCUGGCCCCACAGGUGCAGCACUGACAGCCGGCUGCAGGGUGGGUGAAGCCUUGGGAACGUCCACUUCCUGGACCUUCUAGUUCAUUCCACCCUGCCUGGACCCCACAGGCACAGGGUGAGGCCUUACCACGCUGUUGGCGUCGACUUGUUGGAAACCUUGCUGGCCUCUAGCAGAGGGAGGAGCCAGCCCUCCUCACAGACCUGCUUUUUUUAGUGUUUGGGAUGACUCCUUGUGAAAUGAGGAAAAUCUCACCAGGACCAAAAACUUAGCUGAGCCUUUCCCUGGAACUAGUGAAAAACCUAGAAUGCACGUAAAACCUCAGUGUCGUC